CAUUGUUCUACCUAUUUGCAUUAAAACCAAAGAUCAAGAAGGAGAGUGGAAAGAAAUGAGCAUACCCCACAGCACCAAAUCAAUAGUUUGCCUUAACUUGCCUUGCUUUCCUGAUAGACCAAAUGUAAAAGAAAAAUAUAGGAACUUUAAGGAUCCUUUUGUAAACGAUGGGCUUCUUGAAGUUAUUUGCUUUAGAGAUGCAUGGCAUGGAGAUGAUUUUCUUCCUUCCAAAGAUCGAGGGGAAUGUCUUGCACAGGUGGGAACAAUCCGGUUUGAGCUUUAUAAUAGUGCAGUCAGCCACAUCCAUAUGAGCAUUGAUGGGAAUAGAUGGAAACACCCUCUCCCUGUUGAGGAUGACAAUAAGGUGAUUGAGAUUUAUCAUUCAGGAAAAACAAGAGUGCAUGUAAAUUCCAAUUCAAAAUGCAAAUUCAAAUAGCUUGAUAUGAGGAUGUUUUUAGAAGAGUUGAGUAGUAUUCUCAUCUCCAUGGUAUAACAAUCUAGUUGAAUUA